GGAUUUGAUCAUUUUUAUACGCUGUUCGGGGAGAAAAAGGACUUUUGUUAGAAAGGAGAUUUCAGAAAUGGUUUUGGAUCCUCUAUAAGUGUUUUUAGAGUUCUUGGGGACAGUAGCUCUAACCUUGGAGUAAGUUUCUGCCUUUGACCUGCAUGGAUUAUUUUUUCAGGCUGCGGAAUUUCUCGGCACCUACCUGCAGUGUGGGGCACUUGGUUUGGUUGCAGAGUAAGAAGGUGGAAGAAUGAGCUGUACUUGGUUAAGCAGUUGAAACCUUUUUUUGAGCAGGAUCUAUAAAAGCAUAAUUGAAUUUGUUUCACCCCCGUGGAUUCCAGUGGGCCCGACAGCGCAACAGGUUUGCAGAUUUCUUUUGAAAUUCUUUUUUUUUUUCUCCCUCUGCCUCAGCAAAAGAAAAGAAUCUAUAUAACAGGUUCAUGUUCAGUUGCUUGGCUUUUCAGCACUUAUUCUGAAGACUUAAUAAGAUUUUUUAACUUGACCUCUGAACACAGUGGGCUUUGUGGUUGAAGUGCAUUUAUAUUUACUGAAGGGUGCACAUUUUGAAAUCUUAGAAUAAGAUUUUGUUUGUACAAAGACCCAAAUUCUCAAGUGUGCCUAGAAAUAGCACAGAUCUCCUCUACUCAGGUUUAUUUUUCCUUUUUCAGGGCAUUCUCGGUAGAGCCUUUAGACUAAUCACCUCCCCACUCCCUCUGUCUUUUAUUCCCCACCUCCUCAAGGAAUUUGAAAACUUGUUAGGAAUAGCCCUUUGUUUUACUUAUAAACCUAGAAAAUUACAGAUUAUAAAAUCUGGAUAAUAAAGUAGUUUCCAAAAGCAUCUCAUGGGAAAUCAAAGUGCUUGGCAUUCUCAAGCAAGAGAAUAAAAGCUGGAAUCUCUAAGAGAAAAGGAAAAUAAAGGCAGAAAUAUGAAUUUCAAUUGGGAAAAAUAAUUGGAAAGUGAACCUUUUCUAAAUAUUAUUCUAAUUAUGAAAAUUGGAAAAGGUUGUAAUGCUCAGGUUUAUCCUGGGAAUACAUGAAGACAUAAAUUAGGACCUAAUAUAGGCAAAUUUAGGUAAAACAUUAAAAAAUCAUAGUAUAUUUAAGUUCAUGAAAAGUGUUAAAAGUUCAGUGGGCCUAGAACUCUGGCUACUCUGAAAUACAGUUUAAUGUUGAAACUUUUAUGAAUGCAUGUUGUAGCAUCUCUGGGACAUCUCUCAAGGUGUGGCCUGAAACAGUGUUCCCCUCUCCUUCCCCAUUAAAAAAAAAAAUUCUGUGAUUUUUAGUCUUUUACCAUUGACAAAUUUUGAGGCGUAAAAGGGCCAUCUCUUCAUUUUCUGAGCUGGAGUUUUUCACUCUCACCUUUGAUGAAUGGCCUUAGUCGUUUACUUUGCCUUGUUUUGUUCAUUAACAUUGGGUUAGGGGCUCGAGAACUUGAUGCAUAUGGAAGACCAGCACCAAGCGAUCUGACAUAAUAAAAAUUCAGGAUGUGACAUUCAACCUCAAGCAAAGUUGGAAAUUCCAAAGAGAAGUGGCGAUAACUUUACUAAUCAUAGUGAAGAUGGGAGAAAAUGACAUACCUGAAACAGAAGUAGGCUGAGAACGCCUCCUUCCCUGCCAGACCAGGAAUGCCACCUGUUCUUGGGAAUAUACUUUAGAGAAAGGAAGGGCCAAAACUACGACUCGGCUUUCUGAAACCGAAGCAUAAAUUUCUUUUCCUCCGUUUGUCUGGAUCUGAGAAGCUGCGUUCGGUAUUAGCUAGCGGAAGCAGUAUGUAUGGCCGAAGUGCGUUGCUGCAGCUGGUAGCAUGAGUGGUGGCCACCAGCUACAGCUGGCUGCCCUCUGGCCCUGGCUGCUGAUGGCUACCCUGCAGGCAGGCUUUGGACGCACAGGACUGGUACUGGCAGCAGCGGUGGAGUCUGAAAGAUCAGCCGAGCAGAAAGCUAUUAUCAGAGUGAUCCCCUUGAAAAUGGACCCCACAGGAAAACUGAAUCUCACUUUGGAAGGUGUAUUUGCUGGUGUUGCUGAAAUAACUCCAGCAGAAGGAAAACUAAUGCAGUCCCACCCCCUGUACCUGUGCAACGCCAGCGAUGACGACAACCUGGAGCCUGGAUUCAUCAGCAUCGUCAAGCUGGAGAGUCCCCAGCGGGCCCCCCGCCCCUGCCUGUCACUGGCCAGCAAGGCCCGGAUGGCAGGCGAGCGAGGAGCCAGCGCCGUUCUCUUUGACAUCACGGAGGAUCGGGCUGCUGCUGAGCAGCUGCAGCAGCCCCUGGGGCUGACAUGGCCAGUGGUACUGAUCUGGGGUAAUGAUGCCGAGAAGCUGAUGGAGUUUGUGUACAAGAACCGAAAGGCCCACGUGAGGAUUGAGCUGAAGGAGCCGCCGACCUGGCCAGAUUAUGACGUGUGGAUCCUCCUGACGGUGGUGGGUACCAUCUUCGUGGUCAUCCUGGCCUCCGUGCUGCGCAUCCGGUGCCGCCCCCGCCACAGCAGGCCGGAUCCCCUUCAGCAGCGAACAGCCUGGGCCAUCAGCCAGCUGGCCACCAGGAGGUACCGGGCUGGCUGCAGGAGGGCCCGGGCUGAGUGGCCAGACUCAGGUAGCAGCUGUAGCUCAGCUCCUGUGUGUGCCAUCUGCCUGGAGGAGUUCUCUGAGGGCCAGGAGCUACGGGUCAUUUCCUGCCUCCAUGAGUUCCAUCGGGCGUGUGUGGACCCCUGGCUGCAUCAGCAUCGCACUUGCCCCCUCUGCAUGUUCAACAUCGUAGAGGGAGAUUUGCUUUCUCAUUCCCUGGGACCCUCUCGAUCUUACCAGGAACCAGGCCGGAGACUCCACCUCAUUCGCCAGCAUCCUGGCCACGCCCACUACCACCUCCCUGCUGCCUACUUGUUGGGCCCUUCCCGGAGUGCAGCGGCUCGGCCCACACGACCUGGUCCCUUCCUGCCAUCCCAGGAGCCAGGCACAGGCCCUCGGCACCACCGCCUCCCCAGAGCUGCACAUCCCCGGGCUCCAGGCGAGCCACAGCGCCUGGCAGUGGCCCAGCACCCCUACGCGCAGGGCUGGGGGCUGAGCCGCCCCCGAUGCACUUCGCUGCACCCCACUGCUUGCCCCGCACCCCCACGCCGGGCCAGGCCUCACGACAGCAGCGGGUCUGGAGAAAGCUACUGCACAGAGCGCAGCGGCUACCUGGCAGAUGGGCCAGCCAGUGACUCCAGUUCGGGGCCCUGUCAUGGUUCUUCGAGUGACUCGGUGGUCAACUGCACGGACAUCAGCCUGCAGGGCAUCCAUGGCAGCAGUUCCACCUUCCACAGCUCCCUGAGCAGUGACUUUGACCCCCUCGUUUACUGCAGCCCUGAGGGGGGGGCCCAGGGGGAGGAGACCCAGCCUAGUGUGACCUCUCGGCCCCAUUCUUUGGACUCUGUGGUGCCCACUGAGGAAACCCAGGUGUCCAGCCAUGUCCACUACCACCGCCACCGGCACCACCACUACAAAAAGCGCUUCCGGUGGCAUGGCAGAAAGCCUGGCCCAGAAACUGGAGUACUCCAGUCCAGGCCGGCCAUUUUUCGGACACAGCUCCAGCCAGAGCCGCCUUCACCUGAUCAGCAAGCUGCCAGAUCCAACCCAGCAGCCCCUUCCGGGCAGCUCCCCAACCCACAGCGGCCCAGGGCCCUCACCGAGCCAGCUCCCAGACCAGCUGACGCCUCCACCCCCAGCCCCAGUUCCAGCAGCCUCUUCCUCUUGCAGAAAUCCAGCCUCGCUGUCCGACACCCACAGAGGAAACGGCGGGGGGGUCCCUCAGAGCCCACCCUGGCCUCUAGACCCCAGAACGUGACUGCGCACCCAGCUUGCCAGACUCCUCCUCAUUAUGGCCCCAGCCUGGCAUACCCUUGGUCCCCAGAGGCCCACCCAUUGAUCUUCGGACCUCCGGGCCUGGACAGGAGGCUGCUACCAGAACCUCCAGGCCCCAAUUACCCAAGUUCACAGCCAGUGUGGUUGUGCCUGACUCCACGCCGGCCCCUGGGACCUCACGCAUCUGGGGAGGGGCCUUCCGAAUGGAGUUCUGGCACCCCAGAGGGCAGGCCAUGCCCUUACCCACACUGCCAGGUGCUGCCAGCCCAGCCUGGCUCAGAAGAGGAGCUUGAGGAGCUGUGUGAACAGGCCGUGUGAGAUGUUCAGGCCUAGCUCCAACCAAGAGCGUGCUCCGGAGGACUCGGGGCCCCACCUGGCACAGGGUCCUGCUCCUGAGAGAAGAAAGGACCUCCGAAAACACCCUCUUUUUUGCCAUACAUCCUGGAACCAGUGGAAGAGGAGUGGUGAUGGUGGGUGGCAGGAGGUGUUGUUGCCCGCUCCCAGCUCCAGACCUUGUCUGCAAACCAUCUGUGGGGCAGCAAGUCUGUGUCCAGCAGGCAAACAGCUCCCAUGUGGGCUGGCUCCCUUGCAGGCUGGUUUUUGUUUUUGUUUUUGAGAGCAGGAAGCUAGGUAUGGGUAGAUAGGUGUUAUAAAGGUGGUGCUCCUUCCUCCAGCCCCAGCAGGUCUCCCUCAUCCCAAGCCUUACGUUCAUACCAGAAAAUGGGUCCUGCUGAAUGCGUGACCCCUUCUCACCUCCUUCCUUGGGAGAGUCGUGCACACCAGCUUUGGCUCCUCCUUGGUAAGGGUACUGCAUCAGUGGCAUCCCUGGUUCUUAUCAUUUUCCUUCUUUGCCAAAAAAAAAAGAGAAAUAAACCCAGAAGCAUAGGUGAGCCCUGAGUCCUAAAAAGAGGGGCUUUGCAGAUUCUCCAGGCAGAGCCUGCCCUGGUGCAUAAAGGAGGAUGUUUUUCCCUUCUUGCCAUUACUUGUCAGAUCCACUAUAUUAAGUCACAGGGGAGGCUCUGGGAAGCCAGGGUGUGGAGUUCUGUCCCUCAGCUGGUACAGCAUCUUGAAGAGCCUGGGUUGAAGCCUCUGAUCUUCAAACUCCCUUGUCACACCAGCAGCCCCAGUCCCUCUGGGGGAGAAGGAUAGGGGUAGUGGGAAGGGAAUAACUCUUCCUUGGAGCUCUAUCUCAAAGUCCCAAAGUAGGCAGAAAGGAGAGGAUUUCUGCUGAACCUUAUUUAGGAACAGGGAGGAAGGAAUGAAGGUAGAAAAGGCAGAAUGACAGCUGAACAAAGAAUUUUCUCUGGGUGUCUUCUCUCGGUGCAGGGCUAGGGAAGAGGGGAGAACAAAGGAGAAGUAAUAUGCGGCCCUUGGGAUUGGUUGGUGCAGAGACCCAGCUUCCCAGUAUAAGCCAUUCAGGCCAGGGACACACAGGAAGGAGUGGAGUUGGAGCAGGAAGGCUGGCCUGGGUAGCUGGUACUGAGUGGGCAAAGGCUGAGGGGCCUCCUUAGGGUGACAUUCACCCCAGGGCAACUGGACCAUUGCUGGCCCCUCAGGCAUUAUCCCAUUUGGAAUGUGAAUGUGGGGGCAAAGUGGGCACAAGACCCCACCUGGGAAACUUCUUCCCUCAAAAGUCAGUGGGGAACUGGCACCUAGGCACCCACAUGGGUAUUUAUAUCUGAACAGACAAGACGCUUGAAUCAGGCACUAUGUUGAGAAAUGUAUUUAUUUGCUAAUAUAUUUAUCUAUAAAUAUGGUCUGGUCUCGUGGUUUUGUUCUGUCAUAACUGUCUCUCAGAGUAACAACUUUACGUCCUACAUCAGCAGAAAUAUGUUAUUUAUGAUAUCAGAGGCCAGGCUCUGAUUUACGAAAGGACGGAGUAGAGUGGUAGGUUUGGCAACAAGAAGUGGCUUGUAAGUCCCUAAAAGCAUGGUUUAGUGAGAUCAGGGACAGAAAGCAUGACUGGCUUCUCACUGUGGUUCAGUUUGUUAUCUGUACUAUUACUGUACUGCUUACUUCACAUUCUAAUUUGUGAUGCUUCAGUGACUUUCUUUGUGACCUUGGCCAGAUACUCUGUGCCUCACUUUUUCCACCCGUGAAAUGGGCCAGUUGUCGGAGAGCUCCCAUGAGGCAACAGCCUGUUCCAAAGUAGAAAGUAUGCAGUGACUGAGAACAUCUAAGCCCAGUUACAGAGCCCAGCUGAACACGGCAUGGGACCGGCACAAGCAGUACACCGGCCUUGAAGAAGCUCAGUUUCUAUGUAGGAGGCCUGGUUGGGAAGAUAGAACAGCAGGGCAUGAAACUAUUUAUAUCCAAAAGCUCCAAGUCAGAUAAACACAAAUGACCGCCCUCUGCCUACACAUGGGACUACUGUGAGGAUCAAAAGAGCCGGUGCCGUGUCGGUAUGAAUUCCACAGGGCUGCUCUUUUCCUCACAAAGCACAUUUUCCCCUUCUGCUUCUCCGGGAAAGGGUUUGGUAGAGGUGGUGGUUGUCGAGUGCCCAGUCUGAACCAGAGAGCAAGGCAUUUAGCUUUCUAAAGGGUGAAAUUAAAAAAAAAAAAAAAAAAAAAGACACAAACUCCC